AUGCAACUCAAGCCUCUCGGCGACACGAACGCUCACGUAGCGGGCACCUCCAGCGAGCAACAAACCGUUCAGAAGUCGGCAGAGGCAAACGCACCUAAGAUGGACAACACCAUGUUGGCAGCGGAGAACGAGAAAUUGACAGCGGAGCUGGAAGCCGUCAAGCAAGAGCUGCGCACGGCACAGAUCAAGGCGGAAAUGGAAGAGCAGGCAAGGGAGCAAGAAGCCGGAAAGCAGCAAAAGGCAAACGAGAGCCUCGAGGCUGCCCAGGGAAAGAUUUUUUCGGUCAAUGAAGCCAAUAACGACAUGGUUUUGGCCUUCCAUACCACUGGACACCAGCUGCACAGGGCGACCGAGGAGGCCAUUUCUGCUCAGCGUGAACGGGAUGCUCUCCAAAAGGAGCUCGAGGGCAUCAAAUUUGUACGAGACGCCCUCAAAUCAGCGCUCAGGGCGAAGGAGCGUGAGUUGUGCAAGAGCCGGGCAGCAAUGUCUCUUCAGGGCGAGUGCCUCGAAACUACCAAGGAGCGAUUGCUUGCGGUGGAAAACAUGCUGCACAAUUCCCGGAAAACGAGUACCACUGUGACUUCGGAACUUGAGUUCACCAAGCAGAUACUUAAAGGCGCAAACGAUGAGAUUUGUGCUCGCGCAUCUGCACAGGCUGCUCUACAAACAGAGCUCGAGGACACGAAGCACAAGCUGCACUUGGCAGUGAAGGAGAGGGCGUCCAGCGAAACGGAGAGGACCCUUCUGGAUUCAUCGCUCGCGAUGACCAAGCUGCAUUUGAGCAGGGUAGAUGCUUUACUUGCUGCUUGUGUGUCAGAGAACAAUGUCCUGAAAAGUUUUCUUUCGGGUCAUUCCGCCACCAUCGAAACCGCAGUCUCCCAGAUUUCCGACAAGAUUGCUGCCAUCGACCAUUCUAUCGCGGGAAGAUUGUCUGCUUUCGAGAACUCAGUCAUCUCUACCAUGGGCGAGCUGUACAGCGGAGUUCAGAGCAACGUGGAGCUGGUAGAGGGGCUCAAGCUUCGGUUGAGCGAAGCAAAGCUGCCGGCUGAUGAGCCAACACCCAUGCCAGCAUCUAUCAAGCUGCGCUUGCGAGAGGUAGUAGAGGAGAUCAAGCGUCUCACGCAGGCGGGUAGCGUCGCUGAAGAUCCUGAUGACGCUGAUCCGGAGACCAGUGGUGAGGUCAACGAGAUAUUUGGUGACUAUUUGACCCACGUCAUGGAGAACAUGGUCAAGGAGGAGAAAGCAGUCCAGGAGGCUAUUCGCAAGGCUAGGGAGAGGAUUAUCAAACACCAAGACUGGUUGUACAGGUUCCGUAAGGUGAUUGGGCAAGAUGAAAGCUUUUUCGAUGAAUUGACGCAUCACAGGUUGCGUUUCAAGUGUUGGAAGCGGUGCGAAUCUUUGAUCAAGAUUCUUUUCGAAGUGGAAGAGCAGUAUGAUGAUGUUAUAGAUCACUUGGAUACAAUUCUGGAAGAGUGUGACGAGAUGGUGGAGGCCCGUGAAGCUGUGCUGGAGCUAUGAAAGCCAGAAUCAGGGAUGAGGUUUGGAUCAAUGACUGGCUUGGCAUGGUAGGAGGGUGAUGUGAUGUAGGUACUUGACUGAUAAUCCACAACAUCUUUCAGAUGUUGCAGAGCAAAUCUUGGCUACAGCUGUUCGGAAUUUUAGGGUUGAUGUUGGGGAGAUGAAUCGAAAUUGGAAGUUUUGUUCAACGGCAGGUGAGAAAGGUCGCAAUCGACAGGGGCAGUUAGGCUCUGUAGUAGUGCUGUAACUGGCGUGUUCCGGCUGCGCAGAUAGGGCACGCCUUCCC